GUACACGUCUUCUCCCCACGGGGAUCCUAAAGUGCGAACCACCAUCAUAUCUCGGAUAUUACCUCUCGGGAUCUGAGCAAGGAUGUUAGAGAUCGAGAAGAGAAAGGAUGGUAGAGAGCAAGAAAAUUAUCAAAGCCUUCUCCCACAAAGUCCGCACGGGUCUGUAUUCUCCAACCGCAAACGCAUGUCCUGUUGAAGGGGCGAAUUCUUUGGUCAAACCUCUUCAUGCCCACAUAUCUUUCUGACGAUUUCAAGGUUGCAUAAUUUGCAAACGACGCCAUCUUAAGUGCGAUGAAGGCAAGCCACACUGCAUGAGAUGUAUCAAGGGAGGUCAUGCAUGUUGCUACGACAUCCCCCAAGCCAAUAUCUUCAGCAUCGCACCUGCCACAGACAAGACGCUGGCGAAGAGCAGUGACAGUCUCAAUUCCCAUUUUCAUCCCACUUCAACCAGCAAUGACCACGACCAUUCAACUUCAUUCCACCUCCGCAAAGUCCAACCACAUUUCGGUUUCGGCGACGAAGAAGAAUCCCGCUCCCUCAACCACUGGCUCCUCCGAACCUCCCCUAUGCUCUCGCACUACGGACCGAUGGGCGACUUCUUCACGAUCGUCGUCCCGCAACUGGCACAGACAUCCCCCGCCAUAAGACACAUGCUCGUCUCCUUGUCCAUGACACACGAAAAAUUCAUGAACGGUGUGGCAUACGCUUCUACCAAGUCCCAAGCUCGAGCACUAAGUCACUACGUCUCAGCCAUCACCGAGAUUCGCACCAACCCUCCCUCUCAAUCCCAUGUCCUAGCCGCCGCCCUGCUCGCCUGGACCAUGGAGAUGAUGCAGAACAAUUAUCCAGCAGCUCUCGUCCACCUCAAGGCGUCGCAAUCAUUACUACGCCAAUGUGAAUCCACCAAGCGGCUGGACAAGCCCGACGCCAACCUCAUCCAUGUGUCGCUCAGACCCACCGCCAUGCUGGCACAAGGUCUGACAGCCAUCGUGCUGCGAAAAGGCCUACCCACUCGCCAGAUGGAGCCAGAAUAUCAUAAUCAUUUGGAAAAUCCGUUCGCCGGCCCACCCUUUGCAUCCAUCGCCGAUGCCAGACAAGAGAUCUGCGUGUACAUUGAAAAGAUUGCAUCGUUGUCACAUUCUCGUCCCGACGAUGAUGCUGCCCUUAAGGACAUGGAGAUCGCACGUUCGCCAGCGGGAUCAAGAAACCGUGCCGUCGCCAGCGUUCGUCGCCUUGGUCCUCCUGUUUAA